GUAAAAAUAAGGUUCCUCGCAUUUUGUAAGUUGAUUGUCGUUUGAGUUCAACCCUUCGUUUCUAACGGUCCCAACAGCUCUUUCUCUCUCUUUCUCCUUCUCUCGCUCCAGAAAUCAAUUCAUCUACGCCGCCUUUCAUUACAUUUAUAUAUAAAUACAGAUUUGUGUUUCGUAUAUACGAAUAUCGAUAUCAUCAUAUAUUGCAACGAGAACAAGGAGUGGAAGACGACUGCACAGAGAGAGAGAGAGAGAGAGAGAGAGAGAGUAGCCCUAGGUUGUCACGGCGGGAAUGGAGGCGGCUGGAGCUAAUGGACAGGCCAAAACAGAGCAAAACCAGCGCUCGGUUAUCCCCGGGCCGACCAAUCCGAUGGUGUCGCCUCUGCUUUCCGAUCUCUACCAGUUCACUAUGGCCUACGCUUAUUGGAAAGCCGGCAAGCACAACGAGCGAGCAGUGUUUGAUUUAUAUUUUCGGAAGAACCCUUUCGGUGGUGAAUAUACAAUUUUUGCUGGUCUUGAAGAGUGCAUAAGGUUGAUUGCUAAUUUUAAAUUUACAGAAGAGGAGAUUGCUUUUAUCCGGGCAACCUUGCCCAAAACAUGCGAGGAUGGCUUUUACGAUUAUCUUAGGCGAAUUGAUUGUUCUGACGUUGAAGUAUACUCUAUUUCGGAGGGUUCUGUUGUUUUCCCGAAGGUACCUCUCCUAAGAGUUGAAGGGCCAGUUGCUGUGGUUCAAUUGCUGGAAACUCCAUUUCUGAAUCUUAUUAAUUAUGCAUCACUAGUUGCUACAAAUGCAUCAAGGCAUCGUUUCGUUGCUGGGAAGUCAAAACUUCUACUUGAGUUUGGGCUUCGUCGUGCACAGGGACCUGAUGGUGCAAUAGGGGCUUCAAAGUAUAGCUAUAUUGGUGGAUUUGAUGCAACAAGCAAUGUUGAAGCUGGAAGGUUAUUUGGAAUACCGAUUCGAGGGACACAUUCUCAUGCUUUUGUGAGCUCCUUCAUGAGCCACGAUGAGAUCAUGGAGAAAUCACUUCAAAAUCGUGAUGGGUCAAGUACUUGUGAGGAUUUCUUCAGUCUAGUGCGGACAUGGUUGAGCAAAUUAAAGUGGUCACAUUCACUACUUGGCAUUUUUGGUGAGACAAAUCAAAGCGAGUUAGUAGCCUUCACCUCAUAUGCCCUGGCAUUUCCCAGCGAUUUUCUAGCUCUUGUAGACACAUAUGAUGUUAUGAGGAGUGGAAUUCCUAAUUUUUGUGCAGUUGCUCUGGCACUCAAUGAUUUGGGGUACAAAGCAGUAGGCAUUAGGUUAGACUCUGGUGAUCUUGCAUAUUUGUCUUGCGAAGCCCGGAAGUUCUUUUGCACUAUUGAGAAGGAAUUUGGAGUGCAGGAUUUUGGAAAGACGAGUAUUACUGCAAGUAAUGACCUCAAUGAAGAAACUUUAGAUGCUUUAAACAAACAGGGUCAUGAAGUUGAUGCAUUUGGAAUUGGAACUUAUCUAGUUACUUGCUAUGCUCAAGCUGCAUUAGGCUGUGUUUUUAAGCUGGUUGAAAUAAAUAAUCAGCCCCGCAUCAAACUUUCAGAAGACAUUUCAAAGGUUUCUAUUCCAUGUAAGAAACGGUGUUACAGAUUGUAUGGGAAAGAGGGGUUCCCCCUUGUAGACAUAAUGACUGGAGAAAAUGAACCGGUUCCAAAGGUUGGAGAAAGAAUUCUAUGUCGUCACCCAUUUAGUGAGUCAAAGAGAGCAUAUGUUGUACCACAGCAUGUUGAGGAGCUUCUGAAAUGUUUUUGGCCUGGCAACCCAGACAAAAAAAGAGAAGAACUACCACCUCUUAAAGAGAUCAGGAAUCGUUGUGUCCAACAGCUGGAACAAAUGCGGCCUGACCAUAUGAGGAGAUUGAAUCCAACCCCUUACAAGGUCAGCGUAAGUGCAAGAUUAUAUGACUUUAUCCACUUCCUCUGGCUCAACGAGGCACCAGUUGGGGAGCUGCAGUAAUGGCCGGUGAUUUGAAGGUGGCAGUUGGAAGGGCCGUUUCAAAUGGUCAGGACUUUGUAUACUUCGGUUUUGUCUGCACGUCUAUCUCUGGCUUUUAGGAGCUACAAUUCAUUCUCUUCUUAUCUAAUAAACAAUAACAGUGACGGUAAACAAUAAAAUGUGUUUUCAGUUUGCUGCUAAAGUCUUGUGAGUCAUUGUAAUAAGCAGAAGAAUGUCAUAGUAUACCGACUCUGAUAAUUUUGGCAAUUAAUUCCAUCAGCAUUUCUUGUAAGGGCAGUGACAUUGACUCCUAGUGGGGAGGACCCAAAUGCAAUGCAAUGGCCAUUUUUAAUCA